AUGACCACCGAUUACUUUGAGUACAAGCAUGAGGUGCCCAUCUCAACCGAGAAGGCGGUUGAGGUGGAUGCCAAAUCUGCAGCAGCCUCCCUCUUCUCCAAUGUCUCGUACGCAACUACACUCCUCGACCCUGUUAACUUCCGCGCCGGUACGAUCCUGCAUAUUUCGGCUCGUGGAAUUGGCGUGCUCCGGUUUCCGUGCCCUUCGUCGGAGCUGAAAACUGAAGUCUUUCACGAUGACGGGAGUUUGGCAUAUACUUCGACAAAGGCAAAGCGAUGUUCUGGAGAUGCAGUACUCAACCACGCAAAACUAGGCGACCUGAUAAGCACAUCAUAUUUCUUUGGCCCCAAGCGCGAGCCGGAACUGAGGUUCAUUCAAGACCAGGCUGGUCCAGGCGGCGCUGCAGACAAAAUCAAAGUUUGUGGGAAGCUGGGUUCGCGGUCCACAACCUUCACCACUACAGAUGGGCAUUCUUUUGAAUGGAGUUACUCACACAUGAAAGAUGUCUUGGGCAAGAAAGUGAACAUCCUUGCGCUGCGCCAGAAGGAGACGGGAACAAUCCUGGCGCAGUUGAUCAGAUCCGAUGGAACACGGACGGAGGGUACUUCCAAAUGCAGCGCUGGGAAUGGCGGGCAGCUCAGACUCGACCAGGAAGCGACAAGCCAUCUCGAUGAGGCGAUAAUCGUGGCCACAUGCUUGGUGAUGCUGAAGAAAGAGAUUGAUCGGAGACGAUGCUUGCAGAUGAUAGUGCUCGCCGGGGUUGCUUAG